AUGAAACCGGUGAACAUCCAGUGGGAUCCGCCGGGGCUGCACCGGAUGAUCCUGACGGGAUUGGGUGACGAGCGAACGGAGGAGAGCGAGGACAUGAAUCACACGGAGUCCAACGUGGCGGCGUGGAUGCUGGGGACCCUCAUGGUGGUGCUGGUCUCGCUCUCCAUCUUCUUCAUCUACAGAAAGAGGCAGCGGAGGGAGGAAGUGGCGAGGGGGGGCAGGGGGGCGAAGAGGGCGAAGGUGCCGGAGGAAGGAUGGGACGACGAGGACGGGGAGCACGCGAUCUACACCGGGCCCCCUCCCGACCUGAAGAAGCCGCAGCUGGACCAUCCCUUCAAGAAGAGUCAGUACUCGCCGCUGCCGAGGGAGCCGCCGCAACUCACCGAUGAGACGUCGCUGAACGGGGGGGAUAGCGAGAAACCGUCGGUAACCGGAAAGGGAAGCCAGUCGGAACUGGAGUGGGACAACCAGGAACUCAAUGCACCUGUGAGCCAUCAUUCUCUCGUUCGCGCCGUCAUUCUCUCACCCGCACCUCCACAUUCCGAAUUCCCCAUGCGAAUCGCUCGUACUCCGCAGGGAAAUUUGGUGACACGGGACGAAGACUCCGAGGACGACGAGGUGUUCGAAGGCGACAACAGGGGCACCCUCAGGAUGGACGAAAUGCAGAGCAGAAGACAGUUCGAAGACUGA